GUCUGAAAAAACAAUAAAUGGCAUAAAUAAAGAAAUCUUAUCAUUUUUUCGAACUACUCUGACAAAGUAAUAUUGAAUCAUCACCAAUCUAAAACUUCCUCGAUUUAGGGGAAUCUAUAAUUUUUCCGGGUAGACAGAUUUCACUUGUGCAUCUUCGAUCUUUCAUUUGAUUUGGGUUUCUCGAAAUAGGUACAAAGCUCGAGUCUUUCUUGCAAACGCGUGAAACACCACCAAGAAACCUAGUUCGAGUUUCCGCUAAUGUGAUUUAAAGACAGCUCAUCAACUUCUACACUAGUUAGUAUUAAGUUAACGAAGCAGGUACGACCAAACUUAUUACUUUGUCUUGAAAGAAAGAAAGAAAAAAACGCGGAUUUAUGGGAGUUAUCGACGGUUCUCUGCUUCGGCGGCUGAUUUGUCUUGGCCUCUGGUGUCUUCUCGGUGGAGGAGUCGCGGUGGUUGUGGCGGAGGAUGAGAGGAAAGUGAUACAUAGAGAGCUUAAUCAGACUCCGACUUGGGCUGUUGCUGCUGUUUGUACUUUCUUCAUCGUUGUUUCUGUUCUUCUUGAAAAACUACUUCACAAAGUUGGAAAGGUUCUAUGGGAUCGGCACAAGAGAGCCCUUCUCGAUGCCUUGGAGAAGAUCAAAUCAGAGUUGAUGGUUCUUGGAUUCAUCUCUUUGCUUCUGACAUUUGGACAAAGCUACAUUUUGGAGAUUUGUAUCCCUGCAAAUGUUGCUCGUUCGAUGCUCCCAUGUUCUGCUCCUAAACAUUUGAAAAAGGAAGAAGAUGACAAUGGUGAAAGUCACAGGAGACUCUUGUGGUUUGACCACAGAUUCCUAUCAGAAGGUGAAGCAUCUCCCACAAAAUGCAAAAAGGAGGGUUAUGAAGAACUUAUCUCUGCUCAGGCACUUCAUCAACUACACAUCCUUAUAUUCUUCUUGGCCAUUUUCCACGUUUUGUACAGUUUCUUAACUAUGAUGCUUGGAAGGUUGAAGAUUCGUGGAUGGAAGCAUUGGGAGAUAGAGACAUCAUCCCAUAAUUACGAGUUUUCAACAGAUACUUCCAGAUUCAGGCUAACUCAUGAAACAUCUUUUGUAAGAGCGCACACCAGUUUCUGGACUCGGAUACCAGUCUUUUUCUAUAUUGGAUGCUUUUUCAGACAGUUUUUCAGAUCCGUUGGGAGAACUGACUAUUUGACAUUGAGAAAUGGAUUCAUCGCUGUUCAUCUAGCUCCUGGAAGUCAAUUUAACUUCCAAAAAUACAUAAAAAGAUCGUUGGAGGAUGAUUUCAAGGUGGUCGUUGGAGUCAGUCCUGUCUUGUGGGGAUCUUUUGUGUUAUUCCUCCUUUUAAAUAUUGAAGGUUUCAAGAUGAUGUUCAUUGGCACUGCAGUGCCGGUUCUCAUAAUAUUAGCAGUAGGGACAAAGCUUCAAGCGAUUAUGACAAGGAUGGCUCUCGGAAUCACCGAUAGACAUGCGGUAGUUCAAGGAAUGCCGCUUGUACAAGGCAACGAUGAGUAUUUCUGGUUCAAAAGUCCCCAUUUGAUCCUCCAUCUUAUUCAUUUCGCCUUGUUUCAGAACGCGUUUCAGAUCACAUAUUUCUUCUGGAUAUGGUAUUCCUUUGGGAAUGAUUCAUGCUAUCAUCCUAAUUUCAAGAUUGCACUUGUAAAAGUAGCGAUCGCUUUAGCAGUAUUGUGUCUUUGCAGCUACAUCACACUUCCUCUCUACGCACUAGUAACUCAGAUGGGUUCGCGAAUGAAAAAAUCAGUAUUCGAUGAACAAACAUCAAAGGCACUCAAGAAAUGGAGAAUGGCAGUGAAGAAGAAGAAAGGUGUGAAAACCACCGCUAAGAGACUUGGUGGAGAUGGAAGCGCGAGCCCUACGGCAUCAACGGUUAGGUCUACUUCGUCUGUCCGAUCAUUGCAGCGUUUCAAGACCACACCACAUUCGAUGAGAUACGAAGGACUUGACCCUGAGACAUCAGAUCUGGACACAGACAACGAAGCUUUGACUCCUCCCAGAUCUCCUCCAAGCUUCGAGCUUGUUGUGAAGGUUGAACCAGAAAAGCAAGAGACCAAGACUGGUGAGACUAGCCGUGACACUGAAACUGAUUCUAAAGAGUUCUCUUUUGUCAAGCCUGCACCGAGUAAAGAACCAUCGCAAGACCGGUGAGACUAGCCGUGAAUGGUAGAACUGAUUAUAAAGAGUUCUUUUCAAGUUAAGCAUGCUCCGAGGAAAGAACCAUCUCAGUCAAGAAUCAGAAUCAGAAUCAGUCAGUGCAGAGGAUUGUUAUUGGUUUAUUUAUCUAAUACUUUUGUAAAUCAAAUGCCGUGGUGAAAAAGUAAUGUAUUGAUAACCAUAUUAGUUUAAAUUAGGAUUUUCUCAUUUUUACAUUGCCAAUUAUAUCAGUCCAGAUUCUGCCAUUGGCUUAUGAAAAUGAGGGGAAUAGAUAAUGAGAACCAAUUUAGUAAA